CGGAGGAACCGAAGCCUGAGCGACCAGUGGCACAAAACGACUACAGAAAGCUCCAAGAAAUGCCUUUUCACAAGAUCCUGAAUCUAAAUCAAUUGCCAGAAGGACGUGGUUUCGUUAGUUGCAUGGAAAAUUGGUUCUUAUGGAAUCAUCUACGGUUUCUUCUAGGUUCCGGUUUAGAGACCACCGGCAACCGGAGGAUUCACCCGAUUCUGGCACCAGCUCUGACUUGUCUUCCGUGUCAAGCGAAAGAGACGAGGAGUCCGAGCUCGAAUCUAUGAGCGGUAAGGGUAUAAGGCGUCUUUGUACGGAGCUGCUGGAAAUAAAGGCAGCAUCAGAUGAAGAUUUUCAUAGAAAUAUUUUCUCUAAUUAUUCAGCUUUUGUUGGAAUAUUUGAGGAAGUAAAAGACAUGGAGAAGGAAUUGAUGGUAUUGAGAACCCAUGUUUCAACACAAAAGAGGCUUGUAAAAGAUCUGAUUGAUGGUGUUUAUCAGAAAGCUUUGUCAGAGGAAACCAUGGAAUCAAUCACAGAAAAAUUGAAAUGUGAUGAAUUAUCUCCCCUAAAUGAGUUGGAGGCUCGUGUCAGUAAUGUUUCAGAGAACUUGGACGUGCUCUUGUCAGAAAAUAGAGUUGAUGAAGCUAUAGCAAUUUUAGAAAUGGAGGAAGAAAAUUUACAAAAGGUUCAGCUUGAAGACGAUACCCCAUUGGAUGUUUUAAUGCUAUAUAACUCUGCCAUUUCUGAGAGGAAGGCCAUGAUUACAUUGCAGUUAACGCUGGUGGCUGAAAAUUCAAGAAUUUCUGCUGCAGAACUUCAGAAGGCAUUAGUUGGAAUUUGCAGGCUGGGGAACAGUCAUAUAGCUACUCAGUUAUUGCUCAAGUAUUACCAUUCGCGUCUUGCUGCUGGAAUACAUAAUUUGCAAAGUUCAGAGUCCUUUUUACAAGGGAUGUACAUUAAGGAACUUUCAAAUUUUGUUUUUUCUAUUAUUUCUCAAGCAGCAAGGAGCUUUGUAAAGCUUUAUGGAGAAACAUCUCCUUAUGCUUCAGAAUUUAUCCAAUGGGUUCAAGAGGAAAUCGAAGUAUUUGCCUUUUCUUUUACCAAAUAUGUUAAAUCUGUCUCAGAAAUAACUGAUGGACUUUCUGCAGCAGUAGAAGCUGUGCAAGUUGCAAUCUCAUAUUGCUCUUUGUUAGAAACCCAAAGAUUAAUGUUGCAGCCAUGCUUGAUCAGGCAUCUUCGCAAUUGCAUGGAGGAUGUUUUAGAGAUACAUAUAGACCAUUUUAAGAAAGUAAUCAGCAUCAUUACAUCUACCGAUGCUUGGGUUUUGGGCAGAUAUCUUGUGUCUGGAAUCCUGAAUGAAGACUGCUCUUAUGCUGUUGGGCAACAACCAGAAUAUUGCCUGCUCACUAACAGUGGCCGGAAGUUUGUAACUCUCUUGCAGGCUAUCACUCAAGAGAUGAUCCCUUUAGCUGCGAUUCAAAUGGAAGAUUCCAUCCUCGAAGGACUCAGUAACCUCUUCAUGGAGUAUAUAUCCAUCCUGGAAAAAGCUAUGAACUCUAAACUAAAUGUGUCAGAAAAUAGUGGUUCAAAAAUAAUUUUGGCAGAGUCAGUGCUGCAACAAGUUUCAAUUCUGGCAAAUCUAUCAACUGUUAAUCAUUUCUUCUCUAGCACUGUUGUAAGCUUUUUCAGGGAUAUCAACUGUACUAAUUCGGAGCUAACAGAAAACCAUUCAGUGGCUUGUCAGCAGCAGGAACUUGAUAGUUGUGUAAUGACAAUUCAAGAGGCAUCUGUUCAGCUUAGAACUCAGUUCUUCCAGAAAUUUAUAUGCAAAAUAUUGUCCCUUGAGGUCUGUAAAUGGAACCCAGAAAUACCUGUUGACCGCAAGACUGGUUCCAGCCUGGUACAUGGACUGAUGCCCUCUUCCUUCUUUCAGUUAUUGUUUUUAGAACUGCGGAAAUUAGAUAAACUUGCAGAAGACAAUGUUUUUGAAGUGGAUUGGUUGAUGGAAUUAUCAAGAGACCUAAUUAAGGCAGUUUUCAUCUGGAUUUCAAACAACAAAGAGAUUUGGGAAAUUAAAGAAAACUUGACUUUCCAACAUUCUGAUGUUUUGAAUCAGUUUGUGCUAGAUACGCAUUUUCUGGCAGCAGUCACAAAGUACGAAGAAUACUUUCCCAACAGUCCCUUGGCUCUCUCAACUCUCUUGAAAUCAGCCUUUGUUUCUGUUGGACUAGAUCCUGUAAGAGAUGUUGAAGAUGACGGGUGGGCUAUAAAAGCUGCAGCUGAGGCAAUUCAAUGGCUGUUGGAGAUAGAGAAAACCGAAUUGCCUUCAAACUAUGAGCUUGUUAAUGAUUAUGUAGAACCACCUGAAAACCAUUCUGAGCAUGGAAGUGAAACUGUUAUGGAUGAUGCUAGAAGUUCUUUUGAGUUUUUUCCAGUGUCAGAAGAGGAUGCAGAAGCCAUAGAGGCAUCAGAAGUUGCCACCAGGAAACAAAAAGCGAAAUUGAUAAAAGAAUUGGAUUAUUUUGUGUGGUCACAAGAUGCUAUGGAAGACAAGGGUUGUAAUGUUGAAAGGAGUGCAGCAACACAUCCCUUAGACUCUUCUGGAGACUUGGAAGAUAUUGAAUCAAAAAAUGUGGCAUCUGAUAGAUUUCAUUUUGCACAAGAAACUACUUUAUCAGAUCUGUUGUUAUCUGUGGAUAAUGGAGAAACUUCUGAAGAAGGAUUCCCCACUGAAGUGAGUAGGAGCACUUAAAGUUUUGACUCGGCCUGCAAGGUGAGGAUGAACCAGACAGCUUGAAAUUGGCUGCCUGUUUUCCAUUAAAGAUUGUAACAAGAUUCUGCAGAUAACAGUUUGGCUAGCAUUCUAAGCCUUAGAUCAUCGAUGAUGAAGUAAUGGAAGUGUAGAAGACAACGGUAGCGAACUGUCAAUGACUCGUAAGAUUGAAAUGCAAUUUUGAGUUUACAAUUACGAUAUGGUUUUGUUCUACGUAUGUUGUUUUAAUCUUAAAAUUAUAAACUGAACUGAUAAUUCAGUUUCUUUAAAUUAGAUCACAAUUUGUGAUCUUGAAUC